AGUAUACAAACCAACUUUAGAUAGUGUACGAAGCUAAAGAAAAAGUAGAAAAAAAUGUGUGAUAUAAGUGCUCCUAAACAACGAAUUCUAAUCAUUUUUAUGUUGAUUUUUUAUUCAGCUAUAGCACAAGUCAAUUUACCACCAGCUUUUAUUCCUAAUUCUAAUAAUCCACAAUAUAGGGACAACAAUUUUCCUAAUUUAUACAAACCAAACGACGGAAGAAGUUUUUCCGGUACUACUUCUUACCCCCCGAUUAGUUCUACUCCUCUACCACCCUACGACGAAUUUUCUUACAACGUUAAUGACCCUAGGAAUGAUUAUAAUCAAAAUUUCGGACAGAGACCCAGCGAUUUAUCACCAAAUUUCGUUCCUAAAAUAAAUAACGUAAGUCCUAAUCAAUUUGGCCGAAAUGAGCAACGAUCUUUCGACGAUAAUUUCAAUACUAGAAAUAGAGUCGAGGGAGAUAUACGUGGAAUUUUACAAGCUCUAGACGUACAAGCGUCUCAAAUGUGUACCAAUAACGUAGCUGCUCAAUGGAAUUUCGAAACUAACAUCAAUCAAGCCACGCAAUUGGAAGCUAUCAAUGCUCAACAGAUCUAUUCAGAAUUCCAGCACGGAGUUUGGGAAUUGUUGAAUAAAGUUGAAAACGUACAUAAGUUGGAUCCUCAAACUUACAGGCAAAUACGGUAUUAUUCAGUCAUAGGUCCUUCCGCAUUGCCUCCGGAAGAAUUAGAUAGGUAUAACAGAUUAAUAAAUGACAUGUUGGCAGUAUAUAAUACUGCUUCGAUAUGCGGUUACAAUGAUCAUUUCCAUUGCGGCUUGAGGUUACAACCUGAUUUAUCGAAAAUUAUGGCGAAAAGUCGGAAUUGGGACGAAUUGCAAUACGUAUGGACGGAAUGGAGGAGAAAUUCCGGGCAAAAAAUGAAAGAUACAUACGAGCAGAUGGUGAAAUUGUCGAACCAAGCCGCAAAAUUGAACAAUUUUACGGAUACCGCCGAUUACUGGAGUUUUCCGUUCGAAUCGCCAGCUCUAAUGCUCGAUUUGGAAGACGCGUGGAAUGAAGUCAAACCUCUCUACGAGCUUCUUUUGACUUAUGUCAGAAGACGAUUAAGGGAAUAUUACGGUCCGGAAAAGAUAAAUAGACAAGCGCCUUUACCGGCACACAUUUUGGGUAAUAUGUGGGGACAAUCUUGGAGUAACAUAUUCGAUAUAACUCAACCUUACCCCGGUCAACAUUUUUUGGACGUGACGCCGGAGAUGAUCAAGCAGGGCUACACUCCAACGGAUUUGUUCAGACUGUCAGAAGAUUUCUUCGUAUCGAUGAACAUGAGUGUACUUCCCUUGGAUUUCUGGCAGGGAUCGGUACUUCAAGAACCGUUGGAUAGGAUCGUUCUGUGUCAACCGUCUGCUUGGGAUUUCUGCAACCGUCGAGAUUUUAGGAUUAAAAUGUGCACCAACGUCAAUAUGAAGGAUCUCAUAACGGCGCAUCACGAAAUGGCGCAUAUUUAUUAUUUCAUUUUGUACAAAAAUCAACCGAAAGUGUUCAGGGACGGCGCCAAUCCAGCGUUCCAUGAAGCGAUUGGUGAAGCGAUAGGUCUGUCGGUAGGGACCCCGAAACAUCUUCAAGCUUUAGGAUUGGUUCAAAAAUCCAUAGAUCGCAUUGCCGUCGAUAUAAAUUUCUUAUAUUCGAUGGCUUUGGAUAAAGUCGCGUUUUUACCGUUUGCGUUCGUCAUGGAUAAAUGGAGGUACGACGUUUUCAAAGGCGAUAUACAAAAAGAAGAAUACAACUGUCAUUGGUGGCUUUUAAGUGAGAGAUACCAAGGCAUCAAACCACCGGUACUAAGGUCAGAGAUCGACUUCGAUCCCGGAUCAAAGUACCACGUUCCUGCUAAUAUUCCAUAUUUGAGAUAUUUCGCAAGUACAAUUUUACAAUUUCAAAUCUAUCGUUCAUUAUGCAUCGCCGCAGGCCAAUACUCGCCUAAUGACCCGACCAGACCGUUGCAUGAAUGCGAUAUUUAUAGGAGCAAAGAAGCCGGCAGAAUACUGACACAAAUUAUGGAGAAAGGUUCUUCUCAACCAUGGAGAGAUGUUUUAUUUCAAACUAUUGGAGAAAGUCGAUUAGAUGGUAGAGCUUUGAGGGAAUAUUUUCAACCGUUAGAAGAUUGGCUUCGAAAUGAAAAUUUACGAACAGGAGAAUUUGUGGGUUGGCUUUAUGAUGGAGAUUAUUGUAAACAAAGCAUAGAAACUGCUGGUCUUCAAGUUUAUGGUGGUUUUUACAACGAUUCUUCGCAAUUAAGAUCUACUUUAACGUUAUGGUAUUUUAUUUAUUAUUCACUCUUAUUUUCGGUAUAUUUUUUUAAUUUGUGAUAUGGGUUCGUUUAAUCUAAUUGCUCAAAAUUAUAAUUUGUAUAAAAAUCGACAAGAUUUGAGAAUGAGUAAAACGAUAGUGAUGUUAACAAAACUAAUAGAAACUAUUAAGUGAGAAAUAAUUUUAAAUUUAAUAACCUUUAUGUGGCACUUGAAUCAAAUAUAAAAUUUAUUCGAAAAUUUCGUGUGGAUAGAAAUAAAUUAAGACUUUUAGCUUCUUUUAAGGUAUUGAGGUGGAAUGGAUCCACAAAGAAAAUUCUUGUUUGUUGAAAAAUUUUGAAUCUAUUUAUAUAUAAUUAUUUUGCUUUGGUACAUUUAAAAAUGUAUUAAAUAAAUCAUAAUCUAAAGCAACAAGAACUUUUUUGGGAAAAAUCUUUAAUAGUUAGGGAAGAUCAAUAUUUAAUUUUGGUACAUUUGAACUGAUAUUGUAUUUUUAGAAAUUAAGCAACUAUUUGAAGCUUUCAAAAAUUGGUUUUUCUAAGGUAUCGAGGUGGAAUGUAACUGCAAUGAAUAACAAGUUUUGUUAGUUGAUAUUUAUCAGUUUUUUGGUGUUUAGUUUUAUGACUUCUUAAAUUUUGUUGAAAACUAUAUAAAAUUUGAUUUAAACCGGAAUUUAAUAAAUAGUUAGAAUGAUUGAUUAAUAAUAAUAUUUGUUAAUACAUGUAGAAUACUCAUAUUUGUAAAUAAAAUUUGAUUUACGUUUAAA